ACCGCCUUUGCCUGGACCGGGGCGGUCGGUUGGCGAGACGUGCGCGCGCGCGCUGUGGGACGCGAGGACUCGGUGGUCGCCCGGAGGCUAUGGCGGCGGCUGCCGGCGGCGGAGGCGGUGGCGGAGGAGGAGCGCCGAGCUCGGUGGUUGUUGCGGCUGCUGCUGCCGCCGCCGCCGCUACGGCUGCUAAUGCGGGGGGCUGGCGACUUCCCGGGCGGGUGCUCGAGUUCGUCUUCUCCUACCUGGAGCUGCGGGAGCUGCGGAGCUGCGCGCUGGUGUGCAAGCUGUGGUGCCGCGUCCUGCACGGCGAUGAGAACAGCGAGGUGUGGCGGAGCCUGGCCGCUCGCAGCCUGGCGGAGGAGGCGCUGCGCACCGACAUCCUCUGCAACGUGCCCACCUACAAGGGCAAGGUACGCGCCUUUCAGCAUGCUUUCAGCACCAAUGAUUGUUCUAGGAAUGUCUACAUUAAGAAGAAUGGAUUUACUUUGCAUCGGAAUCCCAUUGCACAGAGUACAGAUGGAGCAAGGACCAAGAUUGGUUUCAGUGAAGGCCGUCAUGCUUGGGAAGUCUGGUGGGAAGGCCCUCUUGGCACAGUGGCAGUAAUUGGGAUUGCUACAAAACGAGCUCCCAUGCAGUGUCAGGGCUAUGUGGCACUCCUGGGCAGUGAUGACCAGAGCUGGGGCUGGAAUUUGGUGGACAAUAACUUGUUACAUAAUGGAGAGGUCAAUGGCAGCUUCCCCCAGUGCAACAAUGCCCCCAAAUAUCAAAUAGGUGAGAGAAUUCGUGUCAUCCUGGACAUGGAAGACAAGACUUUGGCUUUUGAGCGUGGCUAUGAGUUUCUAGGAGUUGCAUUCCGAGGACUGCCAAAGACAUGUCUGUAUCCAGCAGUGUCUGCUGUCUAUGGAAACACUGAAGUGACAUUAGUUUAUCUGGGAAAACCUUUAGAUGGAUGACAUUUUGUUUUUAACUGGGACAUGAACAUCAAGUUGACAAUAUGGAGAAACUUGCAUGUGGGUUAAUAGGGAAGCAUGAGUGGAGUGUGUAGAUGCGUAUCCAAGAAACAUCAAGGAAAACCAAAAUUUGCAAUCCAAAAGGCCAGCUGUACGGAAGAGAGUUUUACCUUUCCUUUUUCUGCCGGACCAGAAAAAUUCUCAGGGGGUUGCAGUUGGUUGAAUGGGCAGCUAACCACAUGCAUGUUGCAUAAGAUUUCACUGCAAAGGUGGCAGAAUGGAAUCCUGUACAUACUUAUGUAUAGAAGUGGUUGAGGAAAGCUGACUGAGACCUGUAAGUAGUAUGUUCUGUGAAAAAGACUUCAUUUUUAAAAUUAUUUGUUUCCUUCCUGCCUUUGAUCCAGUGUGUUUUACCAAAGGUAACUGAAAUUGGUUGGAUUUUAUUUAAUGUAUUUUCAGUGUACUGAGGAGUACAAUGUAUUGCACUUCUCCAGAGCAAAACAUUGUGCAGUUAUGUUAAAGCGUGCAGUUAUCUUAAAGACAGUUUGUACAGAACAAUUUAAAAACCAGAACAAAACAAAAGGUUGCAUUUGCUUUCCCUGGGACAUAAUUUUAUUAAUUGGGGGAAAGAAACCCACUACAUAUCAGCUGUUUGUGUCUGUCCAGUUGAACAGCAUACAUACUAGUGCACUUCUUUUGUUGUACAACAUCUCAUGUGACAAAAGAAACUAUGAAUGUUUAUUGUAAAAUGCUUUAGAUUUGAUAGCUGAAAAUUCUGUGCAGGUGGAAGGAUAAAGUCAGUUUCUAAUGUGAGUAUUUUUGUUUUACUUAAAAUGUGAGUGUGUGUUCCAAAUGACCAUAUGUCUUUCAAUCCACCUUCUAAAGUAAGACUUAAAAUUAAUCUUGCAAACUAUGAGCCGUCCACCCAAUACUGCUGCUCUUUACCCAUUUUAAUCAGAAUUGUAUUGUGGUUGUUGGGUGGCCAUGCUUUGUGGGUUGUUCCCAUUAUGGUCUGCAGUACCCCAACCCUUCAUUUUGGUCUAUUACCAAAUGUACUGCUCUCUUCCCAGCAUAGAUAUUAGAUUGCAAGUAUUGCAUAUUUAACUAAAUAGUUUGAAAAAUAGGUUUCCAAAGUACUACCUAAAUACAUACUAUGUUAAAAUUCCAUAGAAAAACUUUUUAACAUACAGUAGUACCUUUGGUUACGGCAGGAUCCGUUCCGGAAGCCCGGCCGUAUCCCGAAAAGUCCGUAACCGGAGGCACCCUUCUGUGCAUGCACGCGGCGCGAUUAAGUGCUUCUGCGCGCGCACGGAGAUCGCUUCUGCGCAUAUGGCCAGAUCGUUUCUGCGCAUACGGCCAGAUCGUUUCUGCGCAUGUGCGUGCAGCAAAACCCGGACAUAUAUACUGCCGUGUUUGCCGCGUUCGCAACCCAAAGAUUACGUAUCCAGGGAUACGUAAUCCGAGAUACCACUGUAUUUCAAUCUUUAGCAUAAAUAAAUUGAACUUCAAACAGGAAUCAAAUUACUGACACAACUAUGGAGUCUGCCCUUUCGUUAUAUUAAUGGCUGAGAAACAUUUUACAAGGCUAAUUUGUUGUGGAUAAAGAAAGCACCUUCAGAUGAUGGAGCAACUGCAUUUCCCCGUUCUUUGGCAUCCAUAUCCUGCACAGCUUGUAUGUCUUAAUCGUGUAAGUCCACAGGCUGGUUCUUGGUACUAAAGUGCUAUUUUGUUCUGCCUUAGACAUCUAUUUAUUUAGUGUAGAGUGAGAAAACACUUUCAGUGCAGUCCUGGGCAUUCCCCCCCCCCUAAGAAGCAAGCCCCACUAUGUCCAGUGGGGUGUACUCCGAGGUAAGUAUGUGUAGGAUUGUGGCCUUUGGGAGGAAAUGAGGUAUUGUUUACAUUCUUUACAUCAGGCACCCCCAAACUUCGGCCCUCCAGAUGUUUUGGACUACAAUUCCCAUCUUCCCAGACCACUGGUCCUGUUAGCUAGGGAUCAUGGGAGUUGUAGGCCAAAACAUCUGGAGGGCUGCAGUUUGGGGAUGCCUGCUUUACAUCAUAAUCAUAAUUAUGCGGUCUCGCAGACAUAUAGUUCCUUAGAUGUGCAAAAAGAGAACAAUUCCCUUAGGCAUUCUUAUUUUUGUUAAAGCCGGGGAAAGCUGCUAAACACUACCUUUGUUUUUUUUUUUAAUAGGCUGAAGAGUUCAUUCUUGCUGCAUGCAAGGUUUAAAAUGGCAAUCCAGUAUCUUUGGUAGUGCCAUCAGUCCUCAAUACUUAAAAACAUACUACAUUGGUCAUGCUGUGACCUUCCCAGCAACCUAGCCUUCUUGCUGUAGGCUUAGCCAUCAUGUUCCCUGUCCUACCAUCUUGACAUACUAAUGCAUCUUGCUUUACUAUUGUUUCCAAACCCCUCUGCUCCCUUGUAGAAGCUGCAGAAGGAAGUUACGGUGGAUUAUUGGUUUGGGACUGCUAGUAUUCUUUGGUUGGUGGCAUAGGACUGUAGUGAAUGGCAUCACACUAGGCAGAAAGAGGCUCUUUUAUGAGGCUGCUGAAAGUGUGAAGGAUAAAAUGUGGAUCCAAAAAAAGGGCAGUGACUUUACUGGCGGAGUCUAUGUUGCAUGUUCUCAGCUGUUCAGGUUUUCCUAGUUCUUCACUUCACUUUCCUUCCAUGUUCAGAUUCCGCAAAACUGCAUUUGAGGUCUUCAUGUGCGAAUAAAUGUUUUUAAAAUAUUUGUUCUAUGUGUAGUAUGCCGCUUAACAAGUUCAUUCCUGGUCUUUCUAAAAUUAAGCAAAUGAAUCAUUUCAACACUGGUACUACGAAGAAAUGAAUGAUUUUGGAAAGAUGUAUCACUUCCAGAAAACGUUGACUGUAUUCUAUGCUAUAAAAUAUAUCACUACAAGAUUCUAUGGCAUGAGCUAAAAUAAAAGGAAAGAAGCUUUUGUUAGAGUAAUAUAGUCUCCCUGUGCAGUCUCGGAUGGAUUACCCUCUGCACUUAUUUAUGGACUUUCGAGUAGAGAGAGCUGGUCCUAAGAACUGUGUCAGGGAAAAUUUUGCUAGGUUUUACCUUCCAUUUAUACAGGAUGUCUUGCUCGCUUUACCCUUACAUGUGGCAUAGCAUUCUGCUUGUGCCAAGUGGUUAAAAAUUCCUUGGGGCACAGGGACAAAUAUGUAUAUAAACCUCUUAUAACUUAUUACCUGAAGACCAACUCCAAGCUGUACAAACAACUGAAAUAAAUUGUUAAAACAUAAAUAUACUACUCUGUAUUAUUGUGUGUUAUAAUUGAGUCCUAUUAGUACUGGGUGAUUUUCUGUUUGACUGGAAUACAGAGAAUUUUUAAAAUAUUUAUGUGAUCGACUAAUGUCAAAUUGUGAGCUUUCCCUGGAGAUAAAUAUGUAAACCCCUUUGAUAAGCUGGACUACUGUAUGUGUAAACUCUCCCUGAUGGAAAUGUUGGUCUUAGUUUUCCUGUUUUGUGUUCGUAGAAGCCUUUUAGCAAAAUAUACAUUUCACACAGGUUCGAUGUCUCAGACUUUUUGCAGAGACAGGCUGUCUGGGAGUUUGUUCAAGGUCUAUCCAGUGUUUAACUGGAUCUCAGCCCUCAGAUUCUGGGGUGGAGCAGAAACUGAAGACAGCUUACUUGGGCAGGGCUAUUUCACAAAACUAUACAGAUACAAAUCCUGUCCGUCUCCCCAACAGAACACACUCAGUAGAAAGCACCAGUAAACU